AUGCUUCUGUCCAACUUCCUGCCAUACCUUUGGGUGACAUGCGUCGCGGCUGCUCCCGUCGAAGACAUUCCUGUGGCUCCUCUUGUGACCUUGUAUCGUGAGUUUGGCUGGACAGGGCCUCAGUUCGACGUCCGCAGCUUGGACACUUGCGUCAAAGUCGUCAACCCUCUAUAUGGCCAUGUUCUAUCGGCAAAGCUGUGGCCGAACUCUCCCUCCUCUAGGCUCUGUACUCUCUACUCGUCUAACAACUGUGAUACUGGCACGGCAAUUCUGUAUGUGACGACCUCGAAUACCCCUGUCAACAUCCGCCGCAACACCGACGUCCGGUCGGUUCUCUGCAAGGAUAUGCAGAAGCAAUAA